AUGGGUAGAGCGCCCCGUUGGCCACGAGUCUGUCCGCUCCGGGGAGCAUGCGACGUGAGACUCGAUGAAGCAAGACAACAGAAAGGUUGGGAUGUAAAAAGCGGUGUUGAAGAAGAAGAGACAUGGGAGGCUCAGUUCUGGGUCCCAGGAGAAGCAUCCCAGCAGCGACCCAACGCAACGGUUUCAUCUCCCUGCGUUUGGGGACUUGCGCAGAAGUUUCCAGCCAUCUCAGAUCCAGUUCAAGGGGAGAGCAAGCCGGGUUGCUUUGGAUGCUGUAGGGAGAAGACCUGUGCCGUCAGCGGCUUCGGUCGACCGUUUCCUGUUCCUGUGAUUGAGUUCAUUGGUGGCGGCAAGACGGGUAAAAGUCUGCUUGUCGGAGCGGGAAAAAAAAAGCCGACAUCAAAGAAGAAAAACGGCGGCGAGGCGAAAGGGACAGUGAGAGACGGUGAGUACCGUCGCAAGUCCCCGAUUCAUGGAUCCAUGGGAUUCCGGGGACAAGGAUGGGCUUCGAGGCCCGUUGGAAGCGGAAACGGCGAGGGCAGAAUCGAGACUGGACUCUUGUCUGGCUCUCUGGGUGCGUCGACCCGGAGAGGCGGUGCCAGACGGCCGAGGACAGGGCUACGUACCCCCUGCUGGCGCUUCCCAAGCUCCUGCACCCUUGCCCUUGUCGGCGCGGCUUCUGUGAGCCCUGGUCGGCCCAGGCUGUGGGAAGCCCUUGUUGACAGGGAGAGACUCGCUGGAAAGCUGGGGCUCGGCCCAAUGUGGGACGACAAGUGGGAAGAUGGGAUGAGGAGAUGGUAA